AUGUGUCGGAACCCUGGUGGUGGGUUGCGGGAUAUCAAGGAGGGGCACACUGGGGCAAUUUCAGUCCAGCAGGGUGGAGCCAAUCAUGGAGCAGCACAACAGAGGCUGGAGCCAAUCAUGGAGCAGCACAACAGAGGCUGGAGCCAAUCAUGGAGCAGCACAACAGAGGAAAUCAGGUGUCAGGCUAGAAAAGGUGCAAGUGUGUGGUUCAUUAGGCUGCAGCCAAUCACAGAGCAGCACACUGAAGCGCACGCUUACAAACCACUGCUUAGUCAAGAGUCCCUAAUUGAUGAAGUCGACUCAGAUUCUGACGAUUUAACUGUCAAGAAGAAACCUGUAAAAAAGUAUGGAAAAAGAAAAAUCAAAAACACUUUUCUUCAAGACUCGGAAAGUGACGAACCAAAGGCAAAUAAGAUUGUUAUCAUGCAGCUGCAAAAGAAGAAAAAUGGGGGGCGAGUUUACAGCAAGAGACACUUCUGCCUCUAG